AUGAUCUUCACACCCAAAGCAAAUGGUGACAAAUUUUCAUUUUAUUUAUUUCAGGGGGCAGUAUUAGCAGCUGUAUCAAGCCACAAGUUCAAUUCCUUCUAUGGAGACCCUCCGGAAGAACUGCCUGAUUUUUCUGAAGACCCCACUUCCUCAGGGGCUGUUUCACAGGUUCUGGACAGUUUGGAGGAAAUCCAUGCACUAACAGAUUGCAGCGAAAAGGACCUGGAUUUUUUGCACAGUGUUUUCCAGGAUCAGCAUCUCCAUACGCUACUUGAUCUGUACGACAAGAUCAACACAAAGUCAUCACCACAGAUUAGGAAUCCACCCAGUGAUGCUGUCCAGAGAGCCAAAGAGGUUUUGGAAGAGAUUUCAUGCUAUCCUGAAAACAGUGAUGCAAAGGAAUUGAAGUGUAUCCUAACGCGACCUCAUUUUAUGGCUUUGCUGCAGACACAUGACGUCGUGGCACAUGAAGUAUACAGUGAUGAAGCACUGAGAGUGACACCACCACCAACUUCUCCUUAUUUAAAUGGUGACUCACCAGAAAGUGCAAACGGAGACAUGGACAUGGAAAAUGUAACACGUGUUCGACUAGUUCAGUUCCAGAAAAACACAGAUGAACCUAUGGGCAUCACUUUAAAAAUGAAUGAAUUGAACCACUGUAUUGUUGCAAGGAUAAUGCAUGGAGGAAUGAUACAUAGACAAGGAACACUCCAUGUUGGUGAUGAAAUCAGAGAAAUAAAUGGCAUCAGUGUAGCUAACCAGACAGUGGAACAGCUUCAAAAGAUGCUUAGGGAAAUGAGAGGAAGUAUCACCUUCAAGAUUGUGCCAAGUUAUCGCACUCAAUCUGCUUCCUGUGAGAGAGAUUCCCCUUCCACAUCCAGACAAUCCCCUGCUAACGGCUAUAGCAGCACUUAUAAUUCUGUUUCGGAUUUGCCAUCAACUACACAACCAAAAGGACGACAGAUUUAUGUUCGAGCACAAUUUGAAUAUGAUCCAUCAAAGGAUGACCUUAUACCUUGUAAAGAGGCUGGGAUCCGGUUCCGAGUUGGAGAGAUCAUACAAAUCAUCAGUAAGGAUGACCACAAUUGGUGGCAGGGGAAGUUAGAAAACUCUAAAAAUGGUACAGCUGGACUCAUCCCCUCUCCUGAACUCCAGGAAUGGCGUGUUGCAUGUAUAGCAAUGGAAAAGACCAAACAAGAACAGCAGGCUAGCUGUACCUGGUUUGGAAAGAAGAAGAAACAAUACAAGGAUAAAUAUCUAGCCAAGCACAAUGCAGUCUUUGACCAACUAGACCUUGUUACAUAUGAAGAGGUAGUAAAACUACCAGCCUUCAGAAGGAAGACGCUAGUGUUACUAGGGGCCCAUGGAGUAGGGCGAAGACACAUUAAAAACACUCUGAUCACAAAGCAUCCAGACAGAUUUGCAUACCCUAUUCCACAUACUACCAGACCUGCCAGAAAAGAUGAAGAAAAUGGUAAAAAUUACCAUUUUGUUUCACAUGAUCAAAUGAUGCAAGAUAUUUCCAAUAAUGAAUAUCUGGAGUAUGGCAGCCAUGAGGAUGCGAUGUAUGGAACAAAGUUGGAAACGAUACGCAAAAUCCAUGAACAAGGACUAAUUGCAAUACUUGAUGUUGAACCCCAGGCUCUAAAGGUUUUGCGAACUGCUGAGUUUGCCCCAUUUGUCGUUUUUAUUGCUGCGCCAACCAUUACUCCAGGCAUGACUGAGGAUGAAUCUCUUCAGCGUUUGCAGAAGGAAUCAGAAAUUUUACAGAAAACAUAUGCACACUACUUCGAUCUAACCAUAAUCAACAAUGAAAUAGAUGAGACCAUCAGGCAUCUGGAAGAAGCCAUUGAACUUGUGUGUACUACACCACAGUGGGUCCCUGUAUCCUGGGUAUAUUAAGGACUAGAUGGAAAAAUCAUGAACUUUAUCAUUCCCUAGCACCACCCUGACAUUAGACUUUGUAAAUGACCUCGCAUCAAGUCUUACCCCUUAUAGACAGUCUAGGAUUAGUGUACCCUAAUUUUUUUUUUGACUAUUGUCAUGUCCUACUAGAUGGAUGGAAAGAUAAAAGUUACCAAACUCUUUCAGUGACAGUGUCCCUUUUUAAAGCUGUGUGAGGCUUGCAAUUGUUAUCAAAAAUUCAGAUCUACAUAUGCUUUCUGAUCUGUAUGGAUCCAAUAAUUCCAAAUGGCCCUGGAAACUUAUGCAAACUCUGUUAUCUCCAAUUUUUUUUCAAGUAAAUUUUAAAUGCUACUAACCUGUCCAGUUUAUUUGGAAAAUAUUUUUAAAAUAGUAAGAACUUACCAUUAGUGCAGUCCAACUAGCUUGCUGGCUAAUUGAAACUUAAUUUCAUUAUGGUGAUAAAACAAGUGCAGAAUAUAAACCUUUUAGUUUAGUUCCCACAUGAAGAUCAAAAAACAUGAGCACAAGCAUUAAUUGAUAUUUUUGAGUCUGCAAUGUUACAGUGGUCAGAGCAUGAAGUAAAUUUAGAUUUGAUUUUUUUUCUUACAUAAACCAAUCAGGGCUAUUAAAGGGAUACCGUCAUUUACAAUUUAAAGAUGUACAAACAUUUUAGGAUUUGAAUCAGGAUUUACUGCAUGUGGACAGUUACAAGCAUUCAUGCUGUUGGUGUAUCUGUGUUGGAAACUGUAUUCUACAGCAACGUACAUUCCAUUUGUUGGAAAAUUACCCAAGGGAAUUAUUGUUCAAAAAACUGUAAACCUAUGCACAUCCCUUGCAUUGUGGGCAAGUUUAUAAACAACUGAUUUUUAAAUCAUGUAGUGAAAUGUGUUUGUACUUUGUUGCAAUUUAAUUUGUUCUAAGGGGAAGAAUUAAGAGUUUCACCAUUUCAAA